AUUACACUUUUACAUCUUCAGAAGUGUUUCCACGUGCUGUAAAGCAGUCGUUUCGAUAAACACUAUUUGCUUUCCGAUAGCUCGAUCUUAAUGCCACGUCGCCUCCAGGAUAAUGCUUUCUUUAUGUAGUUAGCGGUGUGACAGUUUUCGGUGGAAUCCGAGAUUUGAUCGACGCCUUUGUUCAAACGCAGGUGUUCAUUUGCAUGAGCUCCUGCAGACUUUAAGGCGGGUGCUGAUGUAGGAGAGUCGGUAUGCAUUAGUCGCAGUGCCUGGAAAGAGUUGCAAGGUGAUUUUGAGCAACUUGAAGAAGUGUCGACCAGGGCGAUGUCUGGGUUCAGCAGGCAGGAGUUCUUCAGAGAGCUGUGGGAUGGUUGUGUUAUCCCCACGGCUCAGCAAGGUCUGGAGCAGGUGUGGCAGCUGCUGCUGCUCUGCGGUGGCUGCAGAGUGUUGUGGAGACUGGGGCUCCCCUCCUCCCUGAAGCACGUCGUCACAGUCCUGGCUGGUUUCUACGCUCUCUUCCUCUUCUUUGAGCAGCAGAUGAUCUGGGUGGUUCUCCUCAGCCUGCUCUGUUACCUCGUCCUCUUCCUGUGCAGGCAUUCUGGGAGUAGGGGCUGCUUCCUGUCUGUCACCAUCCUCAUAUACCUCCUCAUGGGUGAGCUGCACAUGAUGGACACGGCGACCUGGCACAAGAUGAGAGGCUCACAGAUGGUGGUGGCUAUGAAGGCGAUCUCGCUGGCCUUCGAUCUUGACAGAGGCACGGUCGCUUCCAUCCCAUCCCCUCUGGAGUUUAUGGGGUACGUCUACUUUGUGGGAACGGUCAUCUUCGGACCCUGGAUUAGCUACACCAGCUAUGUGCAAGCCAUCGAAAGCAGAACAAUGAGUUUUCCAUGGCUUCUCAAAGUUUCUGCAAGUUGGUUCAAGUCUCAGAUCUGCCUGGUCGUCUCAAAUUGUAUUGCCCCUUACCUCUUCCCAUACUUCAUCCCACUUUAUGGAAACCAGCGGCUACGCAACAACCAGAAGCAAAAAGCCAGAGGUGCUUUCGGCAGGUGGCUGCAGGCCUACGAGAAUGCAGUCUCUUUCCACUUCAGUAACUACUUUGUGGGCUACCUGAGCGAGACCACGACCACGCUGUGCGGAGCUGGCUUCACCGAGGAGAAAGACAACAUCAAGUGGGAUAUGUCUGUCUCGAAGCCGCUGGGAGUGGAGUUGCCUCGCUCCAUGGUGGAAGUAGUGACCUGCUGGAACCUGCCCAUGUCUCGCUGGCUCAACACCUACGUGUUUAAGAGUGCGCUGCGUCUGGGCACCUUCCCUGCUAUCCUGGUCACUUACACGGCCAGCGCCUUGCUGCACGGGCUGAGUUUUCACCUGGGGGCUGUGUUGCUGUCUCUCGGAUUUAUAACCUACGUGGAACAUGUUUUAAGAAAAAGGUUGUCGGUUAUUUUCAGUGCCUGUAUUCUCUCGAGAAGAUGCCAAACAAACUGCAAUCACCGAAAUAAGAAUAGGCUGUGGGUGUGGGGGUGUAACCUCAGUUUCAGUGUACUGGCUCUCUUUCACUUGGCCUAUCUGGGUUCGCUGUUCGAUGCUGAGGUUGAUUACGCUGAGGCAGAGGAGAGCUACGUGGCUUCCUACACCAUCCACAAGUGGUCAGAGCUCAGCUGGGCCAGUCACUGGGUGACCUUCGGCUGCUGGGUGUUCUAUCGGCUCAUCCGCUGAGACCAGAACGCCAUCCUGAAGGGACCACACCGAACACUCAGCAAUACUAUCAAAUAGGGAAGGACAAGGCUGGAAAUCAGUCUCUCUCUCUCUCUCUCUCUCUCUCUCUCUCUCUAGUUUUUCAUUUGGGUUUCUAAUAUAUAGUAUUCAUUUUUCAGAAGAAAUGUAAUUUCCCUUCAGUACUAAAGGUCACUCAUGAAACACAUAAUUUUGCAUCACUGCAUCUGUACAUGGAUUGCUUUUGCAGCGUAGAUAGGAAGCAACUUGUAAGUACCUAAUUUACCAUGUCGUGGUAUUAGUAAUCAUUCUGUGCGGUUCUGGGUUCAAGUCUGCUCAGUUUGAGCUUUGACUGGACAAUCCUGACUGCCGGUUUAGUGUUGGUGACAUCUUUCAGGCAUAUUUAUAAUGACUUUUGUUUUUAUCAUGAACCUGUUUUUUUUUAUAUUAAAAUCUUGUCGUAUGA